UUUUGGUUUACCAAGUACGAGGCUGCUAGCAGCACACGGUGGAGCGUGUCAGUUACUGUCAAAAUAAUUUCUUGGUGGUUCCUUACAUGCCGAUAAUCACCAACCUGUGUUGCUGUCUGCUCCUAUGUUUUUAAUUAAAAAGAAAAGCAGCCCUGGUAUGCUGCCUACGAUCCUCAAAAUUUUUGUUGUUUUUUUCUGUUUCCGUGUAAUUUACUUCAACUACAGGUUCCUUGCCUCCAGGAUCUUGAACUACCGGGUGUGGCGGAACAUCAAAGGACGAUGGAUCAUGGUAACAGGUGCUACGGAUGGCAUAGGCAAGGAAAUAGCACUAGUACUUGCAAAAAUGAAGCAAAACAUCAUUAUAGUGGGCCGAAAUGCAGAUAAACUGGAGGCUACCCGAGCCGAGGCUGCAAAGCUUACGCAGUGCAAGACCGUUCUUUUGGACUUUGCGGCUGAACAGUCGUUUGAGGGCAUCGAUACCGACAACAUCGGCAUGCUCAUCAACAAUGCCGGUGUGAGCAGCGAGUACACCAAAGACUUCGUGGAUGAUGAGCGGGUAUCACAGAUCAUCAACGUGAACAACCUGAACACGAUAAAACUUACGCAGAAUGUGCUCAGGAAAAUGGACAGGUACUCGUACGUAAUUAACAUUGGCUCGAAGGUUGCUGACUUUCCCUGCCCGCUGCAUGCGGUGUAUGCAGCUUCUAAGAGCAUGCUCAAGUCGUGGUCUGUUUCUCUUGCAUACGAGCUAAACCACAAGUAUGUCCAUGUUGAAUAUGUUACUCCGAAUUUUGUGGCCACGAAGAUGAGCAAAAUAAGGAAGCCCAGCCUGUUUGUGCCCUCUGCACACGAUUUUGCCAAGUCGGUGGUUGAAAGCGUGGGCACUUUCUACGAGAACACGCCCUACUUCUAUCACAUGAUGCAAAAUGUUCUUCUUACGUUUAUUCCCGAUGUUAUGAUUGGAUACGCUGUGUACUUCCAACACAGCCACAUCAAAAAGCUAGCGCUGAGAAAAAAAAAUAAGUAAAAGCUGUUGGAACGGUUCAUUCAUCAUUUUUGUUGCUAAAAGUCGUUUAUUCGUCGCCUUACACCAACAGCGCUGUUC